UUUUGAAGGAUCCUAAUGAUUCUAUCUGCAGCAAAUCAAUUUACAUGCGUGAGGGCGAAUGAAUACGCUUGAUCCGAUGUAGCCAGAAAGGAUCCGAUGGCUGCCACAGCCCAGAUUAUCAACCUUUGCUCCUCCCCGUCGGCGACACAAACGAAGGGACAUGCACACCGUCUGCCCACUGUCUCUGCAUCACGAGCGCUUCAGGACCUUCAGUCCCAUGGACCAGAUGCCGUGAGCACCGGUCUGCAGCCUCUCGACUUUCUCGUAGCCGGCAAAGCUUCCGGUCAAGGCGGCUUCGAACGUGGCAAAGUUGGUGAGCUAUGGGGUCCAGUUGGCGCGGGCAAGACUACCAUACUGAUGCAAGCUGCCGCGAGGGAAGUAAUGCGAGGGCAUAUGGUGACAUGGCUCGAUGCUGCUACACCACUGUCCGGCCCGAGGCUACGCUCGAUGCUGCAGCGUCGGGCUGAUACCGCGAGCGACGGCUCUCUCAAUUCCAGUGAGCUCGAGGCCUGCAUGUCCCGCUUUUCCUACCGUGCUGUGCCAACGUUAUCACAUUUGCUGGCGCUAAUUCUUCACCCGAGAGACGGCUUCGUCCGAGAAGGCACGUCGCUUCUGAUAAUCGACGGGUUGAACUCUCUGAUCGACAAUGAUUACCCGCGCAUACUUUUCGCCAGUGGAAACAAGACCGAACAGCAGAAAUGGCAAGCCGGGCGUCGCUACACCGUCCUCGGCGCGCUGGUCGCAGGUCUAAACAAGCUAGCCGUCAUCCACAACUUAGCAGUUAUCGUUACGACAGGGUGUGCCUCCCGCAUGCGUACUGACAGCGGGCUUGGCUCAGCGCUUAUCCCGGGCGUAGGUGGUGCUGAGUGGGACGCUGGAGUCUGGACUCGCAUGGUCGUUCUCCGGGACUAUGCUGGGCGGUUCGCAGGCCUGCAGAAAUGCGGUGGCCGGAGCCUCAUUAGUAGGGAGGAGAUUGGGGAGGUAGGGAAGAUGGUCGGCUUUGAUAUCAGCGCUGACGGUGAGCUUGUGGAGCUCCGGGGCCGUGGCGCGCAAGUGAUUCCAACAGCCGUGAAGCGUAGCCCGGUCAAGCCUCGAAAGCGUACAUUCGAUGAGGUGGCCGAUUCGGAUGGGGAAGUGGAUGAGUACGGAUGGGCAGAGAUGGAUGAUGACGCUUUAGCUGCGGAGGCGAACAUUGACGAGCCGACUGACGCGGGUACCGCUACGGUGUAGCUCGCCCAAUAUUAUCACAGCAUUUGUUCUACAUGUACACUGCCUGCGGAAACAGCAGAUGGCCGAUCUUCAUGCUGCUAACCGCGCAUUUGUAGAGCUUCACUCAGUGCUUGCCUCCCGCUUGCGCGCCCUUCGAUUCCGACUCUGCUUGCUUGAGGAAGUCUUGUAUGAAGUUCUCCUCAUCCUUGCUGCUUGCAUUGAACUGCGGGCCCUUCUCGGUGGGCUUCUUGCUGCCGCCGCUUAGCAUAUAGCCGCCGACGAACAUUGUGGU